UAUUAGGAAGCUCUCUGUGGCUGCUCGCUCAUCUGGACCCUGAUCUUUUUGUCUUGUCCUCCUUCCAGACACUGUGAUCAGUGUAACAGGCCUGCAGGAUGCCCACUGACGCCCAGAAUGACGCACGCUCCUUUCUGAGUGAGGAGAUGAUUGCUGAGUUUAAGGCCGCCUUCGACAUGUUUGACACUGACGGUGGCGGUGACAUCAGCACCAAAGAGUUGGGCACAGUCAUGAGGAUGUUGGGCCAAAAUCCAAGCAGAGAGGAGCUGGAUGCCAUCAUUGAAGAGGUUGAUGAAGAUGGCAGUGGUACCAUUGACUUUGAGGAGUUCUUGGUCAUGAUGGUGCAGCAGCUAAAAGAGGACCAGGCCGGCAAGAGCGAGGAGGAGCUCUCUGAAUGCUUUCGUGUCUUUGACAAGAAUGGAGAUGGUUUCAUUGACCGGGAGGAGUUUGGUGACAUCAUGCGCUCCACUGGGGAGCCAAUCACUGAGGACGAGAUAGACGAGCUCAUGACAGAUGGAGACACCAACAAGGAUGGCAAAAUUGACUUUGAUGAAUUUCUGAAAAUGAUGGAGAACGUCCAGUAAAGAUGCUACAUUCCACUCUUUCACCACUCAACCAAAGCCAUAAACCUUUUGAAACCACGGAGAAAAAGACAUAAACAUUAUAUAAACAUUAUAGGAACGGAUCGAAGGGACUGGAGGCAGUAAAUGGCCUUCUGGAAUGGUCGCUGUUGGACUGUAUUUAUAUCUAUAUAUAACACUCCAAACCUUUUAAAGAUGGAGCCACUUUCUCUUGUCCCCACCCCCUACCCUCCCACCUCCCACUUUCCCCAGCUGCCCUUGUAUCUCAGCUCCUUCUUAAGACAUGAUCUUUCUACCAUGCCUUCAAAAUUGUUUUCUGCCCUGCGUGCCCUCCCCCUGUAGUGUUCCGAAAUAAACCAGCCUCCGUUAACCUUGA